CAGACUCUGCUGUGAUUUGUUCUUUUUGAGCCCCAUAGAUAAGAGCAUCCCCCUUAUCCAGGAGAGAAUGGAGGCAGGAAUGGCAUAGAGCAGCAGAGGAGGGUUGGGAACAUUGAACCCCCUCAAUUCCAGGACCAAAAAUGUCCGCCUUCAGCCGGCGAGAAUUUUACGAACAGCUCCUCCAUGGCUGCGUCUUCCCCACGGCUCUGCAGGGUCUGGAGCAGAUCUGGGUUCUGCUCCUCAUGUGUCUGGGCUGCAGGCUGCUCUGGAGGUUUGGUCUCCCGUCUCACGUGAAACACCUCUUCACCAUUGCGGGGGGCUUCUUCUGCCUGUAUCACUUCUUCCAGCUGCAGAUGAUCUGGGUGGUCCUCCUGAGCCUGCUGUGUUAUCUGGUGCUCUUCUUGUGCCGACACUCCCAGCACCGCGGGGUCCUGCUCUCCAUCACUAUCCUCAUCUAUCUCCUGAUGGGGGAGAUGCACAUGGUGGACACAGUCAGCUGGCACAAGAUGAGAGGUGCACAAAUGAUCGUGGCCAUGAAAGCCGUGUCCUUGGGCUUCGAUGUGGACCGGGGCAUCGUGCGUUCCAUUCCAUCUCCGGUGGAAUUCAUGGGAUACGUCUACUUUGUCGGCACUGUCAUCUUUGGCCCCUGGAUUAGUUUCACCAGUUACCUGGGAGCAGUCAGCGGACGGAAACUGACGUUCAGCUGGUUCCGGCGCGUGUGCCGCAGUCUGGUCCUCUGCAUAUUCUGUCUCCUGGUGUCCACCUGCGUUGCACCGUAUCUCUUCCCUUACUUCAUCCCCAUCUAUGGAGACCUGCUGCUGCGGAAGUGGCUGCGGGCCUACGAGAACACGUCCUCCUUCCAUUUUAGUAAUUAUUUUGUGGGGUUUUUGUCCGAGGUGACCGCCGUCCUAUCCGGUGCUGGGUUCACAGAGGAGAAGGAUCAUGUUCACUGGGAUCUCUCCGUUUCUCACCCUCUGAAUGUGGAAAUGCCUCGCUCAAUGGUGGAAGUGGUCACAAACUGGAACCUGCCCAUGUCUCGAUGGCUACAUACAUAUGUGUUCAAGAACGCUUUGAAGCUGGGCACUUUUCACGCCAUCAUCGUAACGUAUGCCGCCAGCGCUUUACUUCAUGGCCUCAGCUUCCACCUGGCAGCCGUGCUUUUAUCUCUGGGUUUCAUCACGUAUGUUGAACACGUGCUCCGGAAGAGGCUCGCUGUAAUCUUCAGUGCCUGCAUACUGUCCAAAAAAUGUUCUCCGUCCUGCACCCACCACAAUAAAAAGGGCGUCCUGGUGUACCUGCUUAACCUCCUGUUCGGGGUCUUGGCUAUAUUUUACCUGACAUAUCUGGGGUCUUUAUUUGACACAGAUUCAGAGGAUACCAAUGAGGAAGAGGGCUAUGGGAUGGCACAUACCGUUAACAAGUGGUCCGAGCUGAGCUGGGCUGGCCACUGGCUCACGUUCGGCAGCUGGGUGUUCUAUCGCUUGAUCGGCUGAAAGGAAGACCUCUACACAACUCACUUGGUGCCAUCUGUCUCCACCUAUUACGGUGUGACCAAAUUCUGCCAUUCAGUGUUUGAGCAGAUGAGGGCGCUGGAGCUGGUACAUAAGGGGCGGAGGGUGUAUAUGGGCAUCCCGCCAGCAGCCUGGUGCCACCUCUUGGAGGACAUUGUUAGGAACAGCCAACUCCAUGUACCACAUUGUCAUAUAUUUCCUCCGCUGAUAUGGACUGGAAGUCUCCUUUGCUAUAGGGAGAGU